CUCUCCUUCUCCCAAUUGGCUACACUGGCUGUGCUGUGCUGUGUCGUCUGUGGUCUGUGAGUACCCUGUGUCUGUCGAUCUACCAAUCUAUCCAUCUAGCUCUCAGAGGCGUUGGAUGAGAUACCGUAGUGCUCGGGGCUACCGCCGGUGAUGUGCUGCAGCGGAUGGGGCGGGUACUGCUGCCGGCCCCUGUGGGCGUGGCCAGACACAGACGACACAGCCGGGGCGGGGGCAGACUUGGCAGCUGCACACGCACACACAGAGAGAGACAGAUUGAAUGCGGGUGAGAGAGGGGGGGGAAGGUGUGUGUAUGCGUUGGAUCGGCUGACCUUCCCAGGCCAGGCGCGUGUCCUUGGCCUUGUUGUAGGCCUCGUUGUAGCCGUGCUCGCUGACCAGGAAGCGCUGCUCCUUUGGCUUGCCUUUCUUGCUCUUCAUCGUCGCCACCCACGCCUCCUGCCCACACUUGCCGUCAUACUUGACACCUGCACACACAACACACACACACACACACACACAGGGGGACACACACACUCAGACACAACAUUCUGUUUCCCAUGUGCGGGUCUAUCCCCGCUCACCGGUCAUUUUCUCCACUGUCGUGUUGGUCUUCUCGGGCACACGCGUCGUACCCCCCUCUCCCUCUCCCUCUCCCUCGCCCCCUUCCCCAUUGCCUCCCGCACCCUCCCCAUCGCCCUCCUGCGGCUGCUCCGGCUGCUUCUGCUGCUUCUGCUCGGUCGUGGUGUGUGUGGCCGUCAUCCCGUCGCCUGUGCGCUUGGCCGCCAGCAGCAGGCCCCUGGCGCUGUUGACGGCGAGGCUGAAUCGUGAGGGGUCGUUGAGCACCUCCUCGGGGAUGACGAAGGCGUUGGGCCCGUCGGUGGUGCCGUCCUGCGUCAUGCGCACCAGCUCGAAGGACCCCGUAGACGACGACACACACACUCGCAGACUCAGACCAGCAUUCGUCUCCCCCUCCCCCCCUGCCGCUGCUGGUGUCUUGCUGGGCGGGUGGCUAGGCGGCUCCGCCAUGGCUGCCUGGGGGGUCUCUGGGCGCGUCUCGGCGGCGGCAUUGCUGGCGUCCGGCUGCUCUAGGUCGAUCACGACGUGGCGCUUGCCGUCCUUGUUGUGCUGCGACUUGGGGGUCAGGGCUGGGGGAGGGGGAGGAGGGAUGAGUGUGGGUGUGGGUUUGGAUGUGGCCGUGCGGUGUUUCUUGGGUCUUGGUCGGCGGUCGUCCUCGCUGUCGCUGCUGAGGUAUCCCGAGUUGGGACAGGGCUGGGAGGACUUCUCUUUCCUCUUCGUCGUCUUGCUGCCUUUGAUGGUGGUGCUGGUGGUCGCGGGGGUGGUCGUGGCCUUCUUGGAGGCGGUGAUGCGGCUCAUGUGCUCCAGCAGCAUGCAGUCCUCGUCACCUCCUCCAGCCUCACACUUGCCCUGCCCCCCUCCCUCCCCUUGGCCCUUCCCCCUCUCCACAGCCCCCAUCCCCUUCUGAGUCGUCCUCAUCUUGUUGGCCGUUGUGUGGUUGGUCUGGCUCGAUGGCUGCUGGUGCUCGGGCGGGCGGGUUGGCUGCUUCGACAGCCCCGAGCCGACCGCCACUCCCACAGCAGCCCCAGUGCCACCGCCGCCACUGCCACUGGCAGAGGGGUGGCCAUCCACCGGCGUGCUACUGCUGCCUCCGUCCCCACUGCUACUGCCAUUGGCGUUGGCCAGUUUUGCGUAGAUCUCCUCCCGUGCCGCACAGGCGUUGAGGAGGGCGCUCUCGAGCUGGUAUGGCGAGGAGUCGAUGGGCUGGAAAGGGCCGCUGAUCCUCUCGGUGGUAUUUGUGGGUGUGGCCUUGGUGACGUAGAACGCCUUGGAGUGUGUGUCCCAGAUGAGGUGGUUGCUGCCGCCGCCGGAGGGGCGGGAGGGGUCGGGCUGCAGGGCGUCGAUGGCCUUGAAGGCCGUGUCGUCUAACUCUGAUACGUAGAUCAACAUAAGUAGAGAGAUGGACGGCAGAUUCAAGCUUACCGUGGUCAGGCUGGAAAUACGGCGGAUUCUCGUCGAGAUCAGGCAGCGGCGGAGGGAUGCCUGCGACAAACCAACCAUCCGUCCAUCCAAUCCAUCCAUCCAUCCGCAAAACAUCCUCCCAUCUUCUUCUCAUCCUCCCAUCUCAUCUCACCUGUGUGCGGGUCCAUCCCCAGCCCUCCAAAUAUCCCGCUACUGUCGCCCAUGACGCCCAUCAUGUCUACAUCUCCGCCGCCAUACGGCCUCAGGCUGCUGCUGUACAUGCCGCUCGAUGCGCCAUGGCAGGGCUGGAAGAACGGGUCAAAAUCCGGCGCUGUGUGAGGGAAAAGGGCGCUGUCCGGGGGAGGGAAGCCGGAAGGUCUAAUGUCCAUCGUCAGAAACCAUCAAAGUCACAAAACGACAAGGAACGUUGGAGCGCC